UAGCCCUCGGAGAUGUGCCCGAUGGGACGGUGGUGACGGUGAUGGCGGGGAACGACGAAAACUACUCGGCAGAGCUCCGCAACGCCUCCGCCGUCAUGAAAAACCAAGUAGCGAGAUUUAACGACCUCAGAUUUGUUGGGAGAAGCGGCAGGGGGAAAAGCUUCACCCUGACGAUCACCGUGUUCACCAACCCCACCCAAGUCGCCACCUAUCACCGAGCCAUUAAAGUGACCGUGGACGGACCCCGGGAGCCACGAAGGCACAGACAAAAGCUAGAAGACCAAGCCAAACCUUUCACCGACCGCUACGGGGAGCUGGAACGGCUGCGCCAGUCCAUGAGAGUCACCCCAACAACGCCCAAUCCCCGCGGAUCCCUCAGCACCCCGAGCCACUUUGGGUCCCAGGCUCAAACUCCAAUACAAGGCACGUCAGAUCUGAGCCCCUUCUCUGAUCCCCGGCAGUUCGAUCGCUCCUUCCCGACGCUGCCGGCUCUCACCGAGACCAGGUUCUCCGACCCGCGGAUGCAUUACCCCGGCGCCAUGUCCGCUGCCUUCCCUUACACCGCGACACCCUCCGCCACCGGCAUUGGAGGCAUCAGCAUGACCAGCAUGCCCACCACGACACGUUUCCACCACACUUACCUGCCGCCCCCCUACCCUGGCUCCACGCAAAACCAAAGUGGACCCUUCCAGGCCAACCCCUCUCCCUACCAUUUGUACUACGGCACGUCUUCGGGCUCCUACCAGUUCUCCAUGGUCGCGGGUGGCGAGCGCUCCCCCACUCGGAUGCUCUCUUCUUGCACAAGUGCCUCAGCGGGGAACAACUUAAUGAAUCCCAACCUGGGUAGUCAGAACGACGGGGUGGAUGCAGACGGGAGCCACAGUAACUCGCCGACGACCAUGACGACUACUGGGAGGAUGGAUGAGUCCGUCUGGAGACCCUACUAGGAGGAACUCAACUGGGCAGCGAUAGCUUUAACUUAAACAGCUACCGUUAUGUUACUCCUUUUGGUAGUGAAUAGAGCAAAAUGAUGCCUAGGGAAAGGGUAAACCAAAGUCUCCCAAACCAAAAGCAAACCGGGAUCUUCUGCAUGCAAACAUGGGCAAACAUCAAGCAAAGACGGACCAAGAUCUACGUUACAUUUCAAGAUGAACGUCCACAAGGCUUGAAUUUGUUGCUUGAUGUGG